UCGUUGAUGAGCGUGCUUUGUUAUUAUUUGCGCUUAGAUCAUUCUAAAUCGGAAUCGUCAAAAAUGUUGCUGGAAUUUUUUGCGAUACUCGUAGUGCUACUGCUGUUAGCCUAUCGAUGGUCCACAGCCAACUAUAAUUUCUUUAAGGAUAAGGGCAUUGAUUAUGAUCAUUCAUUUCCCUUGGUCGGCAGCAUGUGGAAAAUGUUUGUGCGCCAGAAAUCGGUGUUUGAUCUAGUCGUCGAAUUGUACCUCAAAAGCGACAGCAAGGUUUAUGGCAUCUUUGAUCAACGGACGCCGAUGCUAAUGAUACGCGAUCCGGAAUUAUUGAAACAGAUAACCAUUAAGGAUUUUGAUCAUUUUGUCAAUCAUCGCGAUAUGUUUGGCGUGGUCGAUGAUGAUCCGCAUAAUAUGGACAAUCUAUUUGGGAGCUCCUUAUUCUCCAUGCGUGAUGCACGUUGGAAGGACAUGCGCAGCACUUUGAGUCCUGCGUUCACAGGCAGCAAAAUGCGUCAAAUGUUUCAGCUGAUGGAUAUUGUGGCCAACGAGGCUGUGCAGUGCCUGAAACGCGAUGGGGUGCCGAAAGAUGGACUCGUCCUGGAUAUGAAGGACUAUUGCACCCGGUUUACCAAUGAUGUGAUUGCUUCCACAGCAUUUGGACUGCAGGUGAACUCAUUCAAGGAUCGCGAAAAUGCGUUCUACUUGAGUGGCAAGAAGAUGAUGAACUUCACAGGUCUGCAGAGCUUGAAGUUUUUGAUAUUUAUGACUUCCAAGCGGUUGUUCAAAUUGCUCAGAUUGCCGCUAUUCGAUAGAAAGAGUACCGAGUACUUUGUGCGUCUUGUGCUGGAUGCUAUGAAGUAUCGUCAGGAGAACAACAUUGUGCGUCCGGAUAUGAUUAACAUGUUGAUGGAGUCGAGUGGCAUGAUACAGUCCGAUAAAGCUAAGAGUGGACCAGUUCGCAACUGGAGCGAUCGUGAUAUUGUGGCCCAAUGCUUUGUCUUUUUCUUUGCCGGCUUUGAGACAUCAGCGGUCUUGAUGUGUUUCACCGCACACGAGAUCAUGGAGAAUGAGGAUGUGCAGAGCCGACUUUAUGAGGAAGUUUCCCAGGUCAACAGCGAUCUGGAGGGUGGUCAACUCACCUACGAAGCUCUGAUGGGUAUGAAGUACUUGGAUCAAGUGGUAUCUGAGGUUUUGCGUAAAUGGCCGGCGGCAAUUGCUGUUGAUCGAGAGUGCAACAAGGAUAUUACCUAUGAAGUUGAUGGUAAGAAGGUGGAAAUCAAGAAGGGUCACUUAAUUUCCCUGCCUACUUGUGGCUUUCAUCGUGAUCCUAAGUACUUUGAGAACCCCGAGAAGUUCGAUCCGGAUCGUUUUAGCGAGGAGAACAAGGAUAAAAUCCAACCUUUUACUUACUUUCCCUUUGGUAUCGGUCCACGCAAUUGUAUAGGUUCUCGCUUCGCUUUGCUUGAAGCAAAGGCUGUUAUCUACUAUUUGUUGCGUGAUUUCCGUAUUGCUGCUUCCGAGAAGAGCUGCAUCCCCUUGGUUCUCAGUUCAGGCUUUCAGCUGAAGCCUAAAAAUGGUUUCUGGCUCAAACUUAUUCCACGGAAUUGAAACGAAAAAAAUUUUAUGUAUAUCUUUAACAUUCAAUAAUAUAUACUUGAGUUUGUAUUGCA